AUGAUUCGAACAUUUGUUUUGUUGUGUCUGGUUGGCUUUUUACAGGCUGAAUCGUAUGAAGUUCAGUCAGUAAUGGUGGGAGAACCUGUCACUCUUAACUCUAACACUUUCGAAAUACAGCUAAAGAAUGAGAUCGAGUGGAGGUUUAACAACAGUCGCAUAGCUAAAGCAAUGAACGGCAAUCCUACAUAUGAUAAAAAUGAGAGAUUCAAAGACAGACUGAAGCUGGAGAGAAAUGGAUCCCUUACCAUCACCAACACCAGAACCACGGACACUGGAGUCUAUAAAUUUAGUACCAUUAUCAAUGGCAAGGACUCAUCCAAGACGUUCAGUGUUACUGUUUAUGCUCCAGUAUCCAGUAUUCCUGUCAUUACCAGUGUCAUUUCACAGUGUUCUUCAUCACCAGAAAAUUCAUCAAGCCCAAAAUGUGUGCUCCUGUGUUCAGUGAUGAAUGUAAGCCGUGUGACUCUCUCCUGGUACAAAGGAAACGGUUCAUUGUCCAGCAUCAAUGUGUCUGAUCUCAGCAUCAGUCUCUCUCUACCUCUGGAGGUGGAAUAUCAGGAUAAAAACACCUACAGCUGCGUAGUGAGCAAUCCCAUCAGCUACAAGACCAGACAUGCCUGCAUUACCGAUCUCUGUCGUUUGUGUUCAGAAGAAGUCAGCUGUUGUGAAAGCACUGAAGCUGUGAUCCGAUUGGCCGUCACUGCUCUGGUGGGUCUGGCUGCCGCGGCUGCUUUCAUUGUGCUGGUUUAUGACAUCAGAUCCAGAAGAGUUGAACAGGAGAGACAUCAGACCCAGAGUGAUGGACCCGAUACUCUAAAACAAGAAAAGACGAUUAUUUGCCGAUACAUCAGUCAUUGCUUGAACUGUAAGAAACUGGCUGUGGAAUUCACAGACAGUGUAGUGAUUGCUGUGGGAUGUGAUCGGCAAAGGACCUCAAGCCAGGACUCGAACAUGGGUCACCAGAGACACAGUUGCACUAUAUGUGUGCUUGGUGAUCGAGAUGCAGUGAAGUCAGUGUCAGUGAUGGAGGGAGAAUCUGUCACUCUAGACCCUGAACUUACAGACAUACAGAGUGAUGAAGAGAUCGAGUGGAGGUUCGGAGACAUUCGCAUUGCUAGAGUGCUCAAAUUGCACCCACAAACUCCUUCAGUCUCUCUGACAGUGCUGAUUUCUGCUGCGGCUGCAGCUGGAACUCUCUUGAUUUUGGCUGCAGUUGGGAUCUUCUGCAUCUGCAGGAAACACAGAAAAACAGACCAACAGGUCCAGACCCGUGAUGAAGAAAUCACCUAUGCUGAUCCAACAUUCUACAAACGAUAUACACAAAAAGCGAAAGAGGAGGAUGAGGUGGUGUACGCACGUGUCGUCACAAAACGUUAA